CUCGUUCAUGGAGUUUCAGGUUUGGGAUUUUCCCGGGCAGAUCGACAUCUUCGACAACCCCAACUUUACCUUUGACAUGGACGCCAUCUUUGGCGAAAUCGGCGCCCUGAUAUGGGUAAUUGACGCGCAAGACGAUUAUCUGGAGGCCGUCGCACGUCUGAACACGACUAUCCUCCACCUCCAGCGCAGCUACCCGCACAUCAACAUUGAGGUUUUCAUUCACAAGGUGGACGGGCUGAGCGACGACUACAGGUUAGACAUCCAGCGCGACGUGACGAUCCGCAUCCAGGAUGAGCUCUCGGACCAGGGCAUCGAGAACGCGCCCGUCAACUUUCACCUGACCAGCAUCUACAACCACAGCAUCUUUGAGGCCUUUAGUAAAGUGAUCCAAAAGCUGAUCCCGCGGCUGGGCCAGCUUGAGGCCAUGCUCACCAACCUGUGCCGCACCUGCCGGUUCGAAAAAGCCUACCUGUUUGACGUCAACACCAAGAUCUACAUCGCCACCGACAGCACGCCCGCCGACAUGGCCAGCUACGAGAUUUGCUCCGACUACGUCGACGUCAUUAUUGACUUUACCGAGGUCUACGGCAGCUGGCCGCGCUCGCAGCAAUGGCGCGAUCGCCUCGAGGCAGAGCCCUGGUGCCAGCCCCUCGAGGACCAGGUCGCCUGCGAGUGGGCCGAGAGCGGCAUGGUCCUUGCCGACGCCCGCCGCCCCAUCAUGCUCCGCGAGGUCGACCGCUUUUUGGCGCUCGUCGCCAUCAUGAAGGAGGGCAGCUACGACAAGAUGCCCCAGAUCAACAUGAAUGUUGAUGUUGUUGUCAAGGGCCUGACCGAGUUCUUUGAGAUUACCAAGCCCAAGGAGGCUGUGGUAGGUGCGGGCGUUGUUGGUGCUGGCGGUGGUGCUGGUACUAGCGGUGCCGGUCCCGGCAAUGGUGCGACCACCGGGGCGGGUAGGAUGGUUACUCCGGGAGUGGUUCAAGGGUGAUGUGCAAAAAGGGGGCGGAGGGAGAGUUGUGGGCAACUCUGUGCUCCCGAGUCCAUCCUAGUUCACCGGUACUGACACGGCUGGGUUUGUGAAGAAGGAGAAGAAGACGCUCUUCUUUUCAUGGGUGCGGCGAGAUAGUCUACUAGUAGUACGAGUAGUAACCAGUAGACAAAAGGAUCUUAGCCUAUGCUCGGUCAUAGUACUCUGUAUACAGACAGAAUGAAGGUCUUCUUUCUGCGCUUGAUAGAGCUAACUGUACAGACUUCUUAAUAUCCGUCAUUGGAAUAAUGCCCUGUGCUGGCAGGGCUGACUGAGGGACCAGGCAAAAGACAUCCUAGUAAACUUAGUAUGGCUAAUACAUAUGA